UGUGGCGUAAGAAAGAGAUGAAAUUCAUUCAUAGCAGAGAAGAAGAGGUCAACGAUGGAAGAGAUGGCAUGCAUGAAGAAAUAGAAGCGAACGAGAAGCGAGCUACAGCCCCAUCAUCACUACCAGACGACGUCGUGGAAGAAAUCUUCAUAAGACUUCCCGUGAAAACUAUAAUCAGAUUAAAGUCCCUAUCAAAACAAUGGAGCUUGAGGAUCAAGUCUCACAGUUUCGCCGAAAAACACUUGAAGAUGGCCAGUUCAUACCAAGCGAAUCAUCCUAGUCUCAUGCUUCUCCCCUACCCUAUCACUGUCACUGGCACAAAGAUUGAGUUCAAUCCAUUUAGCUUAGGAGGUCGUCGUCGUCUGUCCUCCACUCAACUCAGUUUCCCUCAACCGUUUCUUGGAUGGAUCCACUCUUCUAAAAGCUGUGACGGCCUUUUCUGCAUACAAUCCUCAAAAUCUACUUGUGUAGUUAAUCCGGCUACUCGUUGGUUCAGAUAUCUUCCUCCAUCUAGGUAUCAGGUGUUGAAUCCCACCAGCGCGGAACUGGUCACUGCUGCAGCAUUCGUGAAGGCUGCCGUUGAUUACAAAUUAGUGUGGUUGUAUAAUUCUUUUCCAAACGAGGGAGUCACAGUCACCACGUGUGAGGUUUUCGAUUUUAGGGCAAACGCUUGGAGACACUUGACUUUUACGCCAAGUUUACGCGUUUUUGGUAUGCCAGAAUCUGCCAACGGGUCAGUUUAUUGGUUCACGGAAGUAGAUAACAACUACAAAAUCGACGUAAUAGCUUUCGAUAUCCAUACUGAAAAAUUUCGUUUGCUGCCUAAUAUUCAUCCAGUUACUUCUAGUUCAGUUUGUCAUAGUAGCAUGUGCACUCUGGAUGAUCGUUUGUGUGUAUUGACAACCACCACUCUACUAGACAAGGAGUUUUGGAGACUCAAGUCAUCAGAAGACAUGUGGGAGAAGAUUUUUACGAUUGAUUUAUUUUCUACUCCGCUCUAUUGGAUUGGCAAUGAGUCUUCUUGGACACCGGUGACAAUGUGGAAGAAGACGAAGAUGUUGCUCUCUCAUCCAUGUUCCAUGAAUCUGGUAAUAUACAAUCUCCAAACUAGAUCUGUCCGUAUACUCAAUAUCCAGCCACAUACAGUUUGUACGCCAUAUUUUGAGAGUCUGAUCUCUCAUAUAUAGAAUGCUUUUGAUCGAUUAUAUAAAGCAUAUUGGGAAGUAUGU